AUGGAUGCUGAUGGUAGGUGGACUCUUCAAGGCAAUACUGCCAUUGUUACGGGAGGCACUCGAGGCAUAGGGCAUGCCAUUGUAGAAGAAUUAGCAAGUUUUGGAGCAAAUGUUUAUACAUGUUCACGUAACCAAAUGGAGCUUGAUGAAUGUCUUAGACAAUGGAAAGCUAAAGGUUUUAAAGUUGGAGGGUCUAUGUGUGAUUUACUAUCAAGAUCUCAAAGACAAAAGUUUAUGGACAACGUUAGCAGCUAUUUUGAUGGAAAAAUCAAUAUUCUUAUAAAUAAUGCUGCUGUAGUUGUAUCAAACUUAGCAACAGAAUCCACUCAUGAAGAUUACAACACUAUGAUGGGCAUAAAUUUUGAGGCUUCUUACCAUUUAUCUCAGCUUGCACAUCCCUUCUUAAAGGCCUCAAAAAAUGGAAGAAUUGUUUUCAUUUCUUCUGUUGCUGGCUUUGUCUCUCUGCCCUUAUGUUCUAUUUAUUCAGCAGCUAAAGGGGCAAUGAACCAAUUGACAAGGAGUUUGGCAUGUGAAUGGGCUAUGGACAAUAUUAGAGUUAAUGCAGUUGCACCAUGGGUAAUCAAAACCUCUCUCAUUGAAGCAGCUUCACAAAAUCCAGAAGUGAAAAAAAGGAUCAAUAAAUUAGUGAGUCGAACUCCUAUUGGUGGUCGACCUGGAGAGCCAAAAGAAGUGUCAGCCAUGGUUGCCUUCCUUUGCUUCCCAUGUGCUUCAUAUAUCACUGGCCAAAUUAUGUGUGUUGAUGGAGGAAUAACUAUUAAUGGAUCUUGUUAA